UAGCAUAUAAAUUCCGAUGGCCCGAGACGGGUUAGACAUUCAGUGUUUGGCUUUAGCCCAAGACAGCAACUGCAGUAAAUCCAAUCCUCAAAAAUCCAUUCCGAAAUGGCAGCCUGCAAGAUCGUGAUCGCUUUGGCUCUGUUCGCCGUGGCAGCCCAGGCCGCAGUUCUGAGGACCGUUGCUCCGGUGGCAGUGGCCCCAGCGCCCGUCCUGGCCAAGACCGUCGAAUUGGAGGAGGUGGAUCCUCAUCCCCAGUACUCCUACAGCUACGAUGUGCAGGACUCACUCUCCGGCGACAACAAGGGACACGUGGAGGAGCGUGAUGGAGAUUUGGUCCGCGGCGAGUACUCCCUGAUCGAUGCCGAUGGCUACAAGCGCACCGUCACCUACACCGCGGAUUCCAUCAAUGGAUUCAAUGCCGUCGUCCGUCGUGAGCCCAUCGUUGCCGUGCAAGCGGAGCCUUUGAUCAAGGCUGCUCCUGUUGCUGUGGCAGCUCCGCUCGUCCGCUCUGCUCCUUUGGCCGUGGCUGCUCCAGUCGUCCGCUCCGCUCCUUUGGCCGUGGUUGUUCGCUCUGCUCCUCUGGCAGUUGCCUCCCCCAUUGUCCGUUCGGCUCCGUUGGCACUUUCCUCUCCCUUUCUGCGAUCUGCCCCUCUGGCGGUGGCUGCUCCGGCACCCAUUCUGCGCACCGCAGCCUAUGCCACGCCUUUGAGGAACACAGCCCCCACCUAUACCGUUGCAAACUUGUAAAAUCUGACAAGAAUUAAUGUAAAGCCAUCGUUUGUUGUUGUUCAUGAAUAUAAAUUGUGAUUGUUAAUUGUUAA